AUGUUCAAGUACCACGGCAUGCAUUAUCCUAGCCCACUUCGGCGCCUCGGUGUGGUGCCUGGCCUGGUGCGCCUGAUAGCCCUCAUCCUAGAAGUCCUCAGUUUCGUCCUCCUGUGCCUUCGUCACGAUCCUGAGUAUCAAUGGACCACCAGCUAUGUGAUACUCGUCUAUCUGAUCCUGGUAGAUCUGGUGGAGAUCGCCUGCCUGUGCGGACAGGCUCGAGGAUGGUUCAUCUCUGCCCUGCCGAUUUUGAUAGCGGGCGAUGCCAUCGGCGCUCUUGUUCUGGUCUGCUCGAGGGACUGGUACGGACUGUGGUAUUGGCACGGGCCUUGGUACGCAAUGCAACACCAGAUCGGGUCUGGAUUGUUCUUUGCCUUACCAAUUCUCCGCUUCAUCCUGCUCACCCUAGCCAUAUUUGAGUACAAGUAUGAGACUGAUGAGGACCGGGUAUUGGCAGCCGAGAGAGAGGGCCUCUUGCCUCGGUAA